AGAUAGAAAACCGAAAAUAAUAGUUGCGUUAAUGUUAGAGGCUCCGCACAGCUCGGAGGUCUACUGACAACAAAAGUCAUUUUGCCCACGGGCACGCGCUUUUUAUACCGCAGGUCCUUCUUUAAUAUGUUCACAACUUCCGGCUACGUCAUUUGUAAGCAGCGAGCUAGGGCGUCACACCCAUCUGUCACACACUAGUUUCCGGUUAUAUCGUCACGGGCAUGCAGUCCCUACAGCUAGUGAAGAGCCGUCCUUAUCCUCUCAGCGCCUAUACAAUACCGUGAAAUAUUUCACAAAGAAAAGAGCUGAACCCAAUGGUUGUCUUUACCAAUUGAUGAUGCUAUAAAGUUUCUACUGGAUCCACGUACAACUCUUUCAGCUGGUUUCACAGUAACCGAUGUGACUUUCAUUACAGAAUCGCGUCGAACCCCUAUGUAAAGGAAUGCUUUCAACAACAUUGAUAUUAAUUCUCACUGUUGUGCUUUCUGAGGAGGUUAGAGCGUUUAACCCUAUUUAUAAUGUGACGAGACAACUCAAUGGCGAUAUAUUCACAAAUCCUGACAUCCAUUGUGCGAGUUGUUCGGAAGCAGGCGGCUUUAGGACUUCGGAAGGCUGCCGUUGUCAAUGUUCUUUUGGACAGUCGACGUUUCUUGUGCAUAUGUUGAAAUGUGUGACAGAUCUAAAUCUAACAACAAGCCUGCCAAGGACAUUACCGAACAACAUUAUCACAGGAGACUCUAUAUUCCGGCUAAGUGCUAAAAAAGAAUGCGAGACUUACACUACCCAGGAUGCACCUGUGGUUAACCUGUCAAUAUCAGGAAAGCGCACGCUAUGUGUGCAGAUAAAUGGUGUCAUUGCCGAGAACACUAAAGACUGUAGCAUUGACAGCUCAAAGUCCUACUACUUUUACGAAGGUGUUUGGAGACAAGUCUGGCCAAUUGGAUACCACCAAACCACAUUCCAUGUCAUUUCUGGUGUUAAGGAUAAUGUUCUUCAAUGGCAGCCCACAUUUGGGCGGCAGUUCAACGGUCUAGUGUUUGCACUUUAUAUAUCAUGUAACAAAGGGACAAGGAAUUCUGUUCUAGUUUUCAAGUCAUCUGGAUCCCGCUCAUUUAAUGGUGUUUUACCUACCCUUCUACCAAACCUGCCUUCUUCAACUGUUGUCUUCCGUACCUCCAUAUCUUCAUCAACAUCAACAUUGCAUAUUACUGAGAGCCCUGGUGCUACUGAUAGGAGUCAAGGAGAUCCCGCCUCAUCUCAUGGAAUCAUUAUUGCUCUUGCUGUAGUGGGGAGCUUGGUGGCUGUCAUUUUUGUGGCUGUUUGUGCUUUUGUUCACAAAUGCCGUGCAGAAGACAAGCGCAAGGGAGCUGGUUCCGAAGUCAACCCCACAUAUGAAAGAGGCCCAGACCCUAGCAUAGAUAUCCAAGAAGGCAAUGCUGCUUCAACAUACGACGCAGUAGAGCCCAUGCCCUUACCUGCAAGACCAUAUCAGCCACUAGUGCGUAAUAACAACAAUGCUAGUGGCCAUGCCUCAUCCUACCAGGCGCUAGAAACACAGCAAGAAGUCUUAAUACCACAGCCUUGUUACCAGCAGCCAAGUUCAUCACUCCCUGCUAACACAGCGCCUCCAAUGCGUCCAAAUCAACAUUUGUAUCAGAACGUAACAAUACCAGCGCUGCCAAAACAGUCAGAACCAGCACACACUGAGCAACUGGUCUGCACUAAACCUGGAGCAACAGGGCCCUUGUAUGCAGUAUGUGAUGUCAAGCCACAAAGAUCAGAAGACAAGAUGAUUGAUUUUGCUAAUCCUGGGUACAGUGAGCCAGAUAGAGUUAUACCUAUAUUGUAGCCGUGGCCAGAGAUACUUGCUUAUUCUAGAACACUUUUUGUGACAGAAAAAAUUACUUGAUGUUAAAAAAUAAUAAUUCAGCAGAGGUAGAACAUUAUUCCAACUCUAAAAGCCGCAUUUUUGGUGAAAGGCUUGUGACUUCACACUGUUCUUCAGGCCCAGAAUAAAUUUUUGGAAUAACUUUUUCUAUGGCAAGAAAAAUGUAGGAUUUGCCAUAUCGUAACUCUACAGCAGUUUUUUAUGCACUAUUUUAAGAAGCCAUAUAAAUUUUGAUAAUCCUUUUGAUAUUUCAAAAAUCUGUAUAUUUUAAUUAAAUUGGAAUUUAUUGAACUAGCUUGAGUCUAACCUGAUCACCUAAACUAACACAAGAAUAAUAGCGGAGCCCCAUACCUAAGAAAAAGUGAUAUAUAAAACAAAUGGUAACAAAUAUUGGCAACCCAUGGUCUCGAGUUUUCAUGACGCGAUGUCUGUCUGUCACUAGAAGCAAAAACACAUGUCACAUGUGACGAUGUCACAUGACGUCUUCGAUGACGUCGUCAAAAACAGAAACAUAAUAAUAUUUAAUAUUUCAAAUUAUUAAGCAAAAAUAAGCAAAGAUUUGGUUGUUUGGAGCUCCGCUAUUAGGCAAUGCCUAAAUCUAUAUAUUACUGUAUUCAGGUGUAAGAGCUAACAGCAAAAUAUGUUGCUAUGGGUUGCUAUGGUUUUUCGUCCAAUACGAAACGAAUCAUGUUCUGGCUUGUAUCAUUCAAAACCCUUGAAGCUUCUCAUUGGCCAGUGGUUUCCAACGACGCCAGCUCUCUUUAAGAUAUUGGCCAAUAAAAAAGCACCAACUAUUAUUUUAUAGCCAGAGAGCAGUUUAGCUAUUGGAAAGUAUUAAUAGGAGUUCACAGAAUAUUGGAAAUCACAGUUAAGGUUUUAAAAUCCAUCUAUAUUAUAAUGGAUAGUUUUUAUAGUUAAUACUGUUGGUACAACUUGCAGGAAAAUAUUCAUUAGCUAAUUUUAGGAGGGGGCAUAAGGGUUUGCCGUGAUGCAGUUUUGCCUUAAAUCGGGCACGGUUUUUCGAAUUUUAUUCCACAGUACCACUGUUUCUAUAGACUGUGCAGUUUGUUUUGACUUUGGUGGUUUAAGAACCUCGGACACAGAUUAUUAUCUAGACCCUUGCAAGAUAUACAUAUUGCUCUUGUUAUUUGUAAAUAUUUGUAGUUAUUGAUUAUCAGUAAAUAUAUUUAUUCUUUUUA